AUGGUUAGUUGUGCAUCUUGUGGUUGUACUAUGACCCAGAAAACUAAAAAUGAAGGAAUUACAUUUCAUAGUUUUCCAAAAGAUUGUCGCAGAAGAACAUUGUGGAUUGAAUUCUUAAGAAAGCCAGACUGGUUACCAAAACCAUCAAGUGUUCUGUGUUCAUACCAUUUUGCCCAGGACUGCUUUGAUAGAACAUCUAAACUGAAAGUAAGACUACUAGCAACUGCUGUCCCUACAGUGGAAGUGGAGAGAUUGAAAUAUUGCUUGGUAGAUAUUUGUGAUAGACAUUUGCGACGAAUAGCAAAGGAGUUGGUAGUUGAUCAGUCUGCUAAAAACACUGAUGUGGUGGCUGACGGAGAAACUAUUUGUAGCUCUUAUUCAUUCAAAAAUACUGUAAUCCAAAACUCUCCAGUACAGAAGUGUGAUCUUCCUGACAGUUCAAAACCAAACAUACCAGAAAACAAAAAUGCUGAAAUUCUAAAUACUAACUUUGAUGACAUUGAUUUGGGGUUAACAAACAGUAACAACUUAAAUUUUCUUGCAGAGAAUAAUAGUAGUUUGAAUAUUAGUAGUUCAGAUUUGGACCAAAGCUCAGAAAAUUUAGAACAUUUAAAAUUUCCAUUAAAUGAUACAAUACAGAACAAAACACUUAGACAAAAAAUUGUUGACUGGGCAUUACAAAACAAUAUUAAUCAAAAAGCUUUAUCUGAGUUACUGACUAUUUUAAAUCAAGAAUUGCCUAAUGGACACCAAAUUCCAAAUGAUGCAAGGGCUCUCUUAAAGACCCUCGAAGCACUUUAA